AUGACUUUCAGAUUCAGAGGAGUAAAUGCUUCUUCUGGAAUGGGUGUGGCUGAUCACGGCAAAAAUGCAUUCUUGGAGCUGAAGAGGAAGCAGGUUCAUAGAUACGUGAUUAUCAAAAUUGAUGAAAAUAAAAAGGAGGUUGUUGUUGAGAAAACUGGCAACCCUACUGAAAUCUUUGAUGAUUUUACUGCUUCUUUGGCAGAAAAUGAUUGCCGAUAUGCCGUGUAUGACUUUGAUUUUGUGACCUCCGAGAAUUUCCAAAAGAGCAAGAUAUUCUUUGUUCAUUGGUCUCCUACAACAUCUUGUAUACGUGCCAAGAUAGUUUACACCACCUCCAAAGAUGCAUUUAAAAGAGAGCUGGAUGGUUUUCAUUAUGAAAUUCAGGCUACUGAUCCCACAGAAGUUGAUCUUGAAGUGCUAAAAGACCGAGCUCACUGA